AUGAGUGCCACCAAGGCGCAGUCUCAAAAGAUUUUUGAGAAGCUUAAGCUAAAGCCCGCAAACAAGAUCUGCUUCGACUGCGGCUCCAAGAACCCAACCUGGUCGUCUGUUCCGUUCGGCAUCUAUCUGUGUCUGGAUUGCUCAGCCCACCACCGUAACCUCGGUGUCCACAUCUCCUUUGUUCGCUCCACAAACCUCGACCAGUGGCAAUGGGAACAGCUGCGGGUAAUGAAAGUCGGCGGGAAUGAGUCCGCGACCAAGUACUUCCAAUCGCACGGCGGGUCUGCUGCGCUGGCCAGCAAGGAUACCAAGGUCAAAUACACGUGCAAUGCCGCCGUCAAGUAUAAGGAGGAGCUGAAACGGCGGGCGGCGAUGGAUGCGCAACAGUCAGUGGAGAUUCCGCGUCCCAAGAAAGAAAAAGGGUUGGUUGUUGACACGCAGAACAGAUAUCCGGAGGAAGUGGUCAUCACCGAUCUCCUUGUCGACGUGCCGUCCGACGGCGCCAACACUCCCGCCGGUGACCCAGAUGACGACUUCUUUUCUUCGUGGGACAAGCCAUCGAUCAAGCGGCCCAGCAACCCGCCUUCUCGAACCGGAACGCCACCCGUCGUGAGCCGAACUGCCUCGCCCUUCCUGAACGCGGGCACCAAUGCCAACGGAUCACGUUCCAAGUCUCCCCUGUCUGCCUCGGAAGAAAAGCCUACAUCUCCCGCACCGGCCGCUGUUCGUGCUAGUGCGGCUACGCGGAAGCCGGCUGCGGGUGGAGCGAAGAAGGGCAGCGUUCUGGGCGCUAAGAAGGCGCCCAAGCUUGGAGCCAAGAAGGUGGUUUCUGCAGAUACAAUUGAUUUCGACGAAGCUGAGCGCAAGGCUAAGGAGGAGGCCGAGCGGAUUGCGAAGCUUGGCUAUGAUCCCGAGGCCGAGCAGGCUGAGCAGGAUGCCAAGGUGACGGCCGCUGCGUCUUCGACUACUACGAUCACAUCGCCUACCCCGAUCAGCCCGAGCAGGGCAGGCAAGUCGCACGAGCGGAACUCGAGCGACGUCGAACGGCUGGGCAUGGGCAUCGGUCGACUUGGCUUCGGCCAAGUGUCGCGCCCCGCUGCCCCUCCGGCUCCGAAGAAGCCUGGAUUUGGCUCUGUUGGACCUGUCCGUAGUCCUGCCGAUGAGGAAGAACUCACCCAAACCAAAACCCGCUUCGGAACCCAGAAGGGCAUCUCCUCGGACGAGUACUUCGGCCGCGAACGAUAUGACCCCAACGCCCAGUCCGAGGCCAAGGAGCGUCUGCGUCAAUUCGAUGGCGCAACCUCCAUCUCCAGCAACAGCUACUUCGGCCGGCCCGAGGACGAGCUCCCCACGCUGGACGAUGGUUACGGAGACCUGGAGACGGCGGCUAAGGACUUUGUGCGCCGAUUUGGGAUCACGGCCGGUGAUGAUCUGGAGAAUCUGUCGCAUCUGGUUGGUGAGGGGGCUACCAAAUUACAAGGCGCUAUUCGCAGCUACCUGAACAGCUAA